AUGAGUGACAAGGGAGAAAAAACGUGUCCAAUUUGCGCUGAGGAGAUGGAUUUUACGGAUCAGCAGCUGAAGCCGUGCAAAUGUGGUUACGAGGUGUGUGUUUGGUGUUGGCAUCACAUUAUGGAAAUGGCAGAGAAGGAUGGAAAGGAGGGUCGUUGUCCAGUGUGCCGUACAACUUAUGACAAAGAAAAAAUUGUCGGAGUGGCAGCAAAUUGUCAAAAGUUGGUGGCUGAUAUUAAUCUGAAGCGGAAACAGAAAAAGCCCAAGGGACCUGAAGCAAAGAAGCAACUUACUGAUGUUAGAGUUCUCCAACGGACCCUAGUAUAUGUGAUUGGAUUACCUCUUAACCUUGCAAAUGAAGACCUUCUUAAGCGCAGGGAGUAUUUUGGCCAGUAUGGAAAGGUUUUGAAGAUUUCUGUUUCUCGUACAGCAAAUGGGGUUAUUCAACAGUCUCCAAACAACGGUUGUUGUGUGUAUAUAUCAUACACAAAGGAAUAUGAAGCAGCUCGAUGUAUUCAAUCAGUACACAGUUUUAUGUUAGAUGGUAAAUCCUUGAGGGCAUGUUUUGGAACCACAAAGUACUGCCAUGCGUGGUUGAAAAAUGUACCUUGCAACAAUCCAGAUUGUUGGUAUUUGCAUGAUUUUGGCUCUCAGGAAGAUAGUUUUACCAAGGAUGGAUUAGUUUCAGCCUUUGAAAGGAGUAAAGAUCAUCAAAAUAUUGGUGUUACAAAUAAUCUGCAUCGGCGUCCGGGGAAAGGUUUACCUCCCCCGAUGGAUGAGUAUAGCAAAUGUGAAAGAUCAACAGAAGCUAAACCACUUGUUAAACAACCAUCAGAUAUUGCUGGGAAUGUGGUUAAGAGUUCUUGUGCAGAUUCUGAUUUUAGAAGAUCUAUUCCUGCAAGAGCACCUUGGGUCAUGGAAGUCUCCCCUAGUGUGCCCACAGCAACAAGUUCUCCAGGUUCCGAAAGGCUACCCCAUCAAAAUGCUGAGACAUCUAAUGAUCUUCAUCCCCUUUCAUCCGAAGUUGUUAGGAAUGAAAGUUCUACUCACAAUGUAAGAUCUAUUAUAUCUGCAGAAGGCUGUAAAGGGCAUUUUAAUGGUUUGGAUCCACUGGUACUGAAUGAACAGAAUAUCAACAAUAAUGGUCAAGUAGCUGUAUCAAAUACUGCUUCAGAAGCUCUAGUAGAUAGAACUUCCAUAAAAGACUUAGGUUGUCUAUUACCAAACAAUGGUAUUGGUCGAGGUAUUAGAGCAACAUCCACUGACUUAACAAGUAACAAAAACAUAUGUCAUCCAUCAUCAAACUUGUCAAAUAAAUCCGUUGAUAACAAAGGCAAUAGCAUCGGUGAAUUUGAUAGGACAGUUGAACCUACCAGUGUGUUACCCGAGAUGGGAUCAGGCAAGUACUUGGGAGGGUCUGACACCAAUAAGCCCAGUAUUGACUGCAGUCUUGCUUACGAUAUAGGAGAGAGUGGCAUAAUCUCAAAUAUUUUGGCAAUGGACUUGGAUGCACCUGAAGGCUCUCUAUCUUCUUUUCACAAUCUCAUUAAGUUGUUGGGUGAAACUGAUAAAGAUUGCAGUCUCCUGAAAGUACAGAGUUCAAGAAAACUUCUUGAUAAAAAGCAGUCCAGGUUCUCAUUUGCCCAACAAGAGGACUCUUGCGAUAAUGUAUGGCAUGCAUCAAAUGACUACUCUGCAUUAUCUGAUUUGAUGGACAAGAAGGAUUCCUUCGUAGAUCUUGAAUCUAAUAAAUUUAUCAGGAUUCCUUCAUAUGCGUCUUCUAAAAUUCCAGAAGCUCCUAGUUCAGUCCCGCCAGGAUUUUCAGUGCCAAGCAGAGCACCACCUCCAGGGUUUCCAUCUCAUUUGAGCAGCAGGAGGGUGAACCAAGCUUUUGACAGUUCUGUGAAUCAUUUGUUGCAACCAUCUUGUAUAUCGACUGGUAAUUCUGGCAACACAGGGGAUGUUAAGAAUAAUGGUCAGGCAAUUCUGGAAGUUGGUGAAGGAAUAUUGGCGAGAGGGUUGAGUAGGAGAGCAACUUUAUCUCAGUUUAAUACUUCUGAGCCUGAUGCAAGUCUCCAUUUUAUGAGGCAGCAGCCAACUUCUACACAGCAAAACUUAGGAUUUCAAGACCACUUCAGUACUAGGUACUCUUCCCUAAAUGAUGCACAUAGUAUUUCUCCACAGCAUCCAGAUCAAUUCCAGCCCAACAAUACAUCUUCAUUUGUACAGUCCAGCACUCAACAAUUCAGUGACGUGCAUGUAUCAAACAGUCAUUGGGCUCAAUGGAAUGAGGUCAGGAGUGUGAGCGAUCUUGGUAUAUCAGAUCUACUGAGAAAUGAUAGAUUGGGAUUUACCAACCUCAUUCCCUGUUAUGAGAAUAUGAAGUCUCCAGCAGGUUGCUUCAGCCAUCUAAACAACAGAGCAUUUGAAAUGUGA